CUGUCUGUCUGCUCUCCAAAGAGCAGACAGAGUUAAUUUAAGUUUUUUUGAAUCUUGAAAAUUUUUGAGAAAUUGCUGAGGAACUUGGGAUCUGGAAAAAAUACAUAAUCAGGUCUACUAGUUGCUACAAUAGUCCUCUGCUGUGAUUCUUAUACAGCUAUGGCUUCAGUAUCCAUAGCUGGUUGCUUGCUGACCCAAAAUCAGUACUAUCGAAAAUCCAGUGUUUCUUCAGUAAAUUCCUUCUCUGGCUCUGAUGCUAUAAACUUCACAGACAUAGAGAAAACCCACCAAGGUUUACCUGAAGCAGCUGAAUCAACAUGGUGGUUCAAAUCCUUUUUUCACUCAGAUCCUGUUCUUCCAGAUGCAGGAAGGAAAGAUCUAGUUGCUAACAGCAAUAAUAGUUGAUUCCAACAAUCAAGCUGCCUCUACCUGCUAUAGUAUAAUAACAUAUUCAUAUCCCUAAUCAUUAAUGAUAUUCCAGAUGGCCAUGCUCCAUGGUGGUGAGGCAGUAACCUAUUUCAAACCUUGGUUAGGAGAGAAGAUUGCAGCAUUAGAAGAUACAAUGAUAAUUCACAUCAUAUUAUUCCGUGCUGAGGCUGUCUCUGCACAUAUCAGCAACAUGAAGAAUAGUGAUCCUACUUGAGAAGUGUACUUUUUGAGACCUGUGCCUUUUCAAAUAUGCAUAUUAUAGACGUGUAUGUAUUUGUAUAUCCAUAUAUAAUAAUUCAUAUAAGUUGUCUUUGGAUUAUUUACAUGAUUAUCUUUUAGGUUGAUUUUGUUGUUAUUGUAGUUAUUAGAUUGUAUGUUAAGAAAAAGACUCCUCUCAAUUUACUUCAAUUUAAGACUGAAGAGUUCAUCUUACAGGAACUUGAAUGGCCCCUGUUUCAAGAAAUAAAAUCACUUUUUCGAACAAUGCUCAUUAUACCCAUCUGGAAGACCUUUAACAGUUCAGAAAGAAGGUCAGAUAUCAAGAUAACUUUACUUAAAAACAAGUAAUAUUAGUACAUCUUUCUGCAUAGUCAUAUUCCAGAAAACAUGGUCAGGAAUAAAUACAAUCGUGCCUUUGUCUAUUACCAAAUCUGUCUAGUUGAGGCAAAUUGAGGUAGUCAUUUCAUUUUAGCCACGGGAUAGUGAUAUCCAAAGUGGCUAUCUAUCGUGACCAAAUUCAUAGGCUAAAUCAUUCAUUUCUGCUUCCACAGAGUGAAUGUCAUUUGCCUAUCACUAAGUGAGGGAGAAAAUUGAGUCUAUCAUCCCAUAUGCAAUGGCUGUUCCCCAUGCUUUGAAUGCUCUCUUUCCCAGUCUCUGCCUCAUGGAAUUUUUGGUUUCCUUCAAGGCUCUUCACUUAAAGGACCACCUUUUGCAUGAGAUCUUUCCUGGCCCGCUCGCUGCUGCUUAGUGCUUUCCCCUACAAGGUUAGCUUGUAUCUGCGUUAUGUGUGUGUGUUCUAUAUAUCUAUAUCUAUCUAUCUAUACAUAUAUAUAUUUAUGCAUGUUGUUUUUUCCCCUUUAGACUGCAGACUACAUUAAAGGCAGAGACUUUAGCUUUUAUCUGUAAUGCUAGAAGCUAGUGCAAUACCUGGCAUAUAGUAGGUAUUUAAUAAACGCUUGCUGAAUGACCCAUUAAUUUAGGUUUUUGCUGAUUUUGUUUGUUUGUUUUUGCCUGAGAACUAGAUAAAUGAAAGAGAUUUGUACUUUUGUCUUGAAUCUUUUGGAUAAUUGCGAGGAAUUUCUACUUUACCUUGCAUGUGUUAGUGCAUUCUUAAAGACAGAGGCCCUUCUUAGGCAAUCCUAACCUCGCUUUCUUUUUGUCUAACAUAAAGAUUAAUAGUAAUUGUGCCUUAUGUUGUAGGACAGUAGAAAGAUUUUUCUUAGUUAAUUGCUUUUGUUUUUACAAUUGAAAUUAAUUCUUGUGAGUAGGAGUUUUAGAAAAAAAUUAAAUUAACCUGAUGAGUUUUUUGUUUUUGUUUUUGCUAUUUAGUAUAUAUGCUUAGAGAAAUGCUGUCAGAAUACUUUCUGAGUUAUCUGUUAAUCAUGUAGAAAUCAUGUGGAGCCCACUCUUUACCUUCAUUUGCUAAUUUUAAAGUUGUUUCUUAAACAUUCAUUUCUAUGCCUUUGUAUAAUGUUUUCAAAUUCUUGCAGAAUAAAACAUUUUGUAAUUGUGUAUGCAUGAUACAUAAUACUGUUUUUAUAUAUUAAAUUCUUCAUUGUGAAAUUAUACAAUUCUUUAUAAUUAAAAUAAUUUCCUGAUCACA